UGACGAUGGCGGCGGCGGCGGCGGCAACAGCGACGUGCCCGGGCCGGGGUUGGGGACAACCUGAGGGGAUCCCCGGUGGGGUCACCCCUUCCCCACCCCGGCAUUUCACCUUUGACCCUCCGGUAGGGCCCAGCGGCCCCCCUAGGCCCCGCCGCCGGCACCGUCGCGUUCUCUACCCGCCCGCUGUGCGGCGGCCGCCCCCCACAGAAGAACCGAGCGCGGCAAAGCGGCUCCUGAUGCUGCUGUUGGCUGUGGUGAGUGCCCAGGUGUACAGCGCGCCCGGGGAUGUGACACCCGAAGUGGCCGCGACGGCCACGGUGAUACCCGAGACACCCGUGGUGAACCAAGUUGAGACACCCAUGACACCUGCUGUGACAUCCCUACCUGGGGAUGGAGUGCUGCUCAGGACUGCUGUGACACCCAUGGAGACAAACUGGACACCCAAUGGGACACUGGUGGGGACACCAACAGCACCCAUGGGGAUACCCAUGGGUGCCUCCUGCCCUCGGCUGCUGCUGUCACCUGCCCUGCGGCCCCACAGCUGCAGAGCCGGACACGCUGCCAGCUGAGCAGCACCCAGGACCUUCACCCUGGUCUCAGGGUGGCACCCAAGACUGUCACCUCGGCCUCGGGGUGGCACCCAGCACCUCGCUGAGCCCAUUGCUGUGGCCUCAGGGCUGUGCCCAACACACUGGACUGGUAGCUGUGCCUGUUGUAGUGGCCACAGGGUGGCACCACACGCCCACAGGUGCCCUUCACCUCGGCCCUGUGGUUGCACCCAGUGCCCCGGGGACACAUUGGGGCCCAUCACCCUGGCCUUAGGGCUGUGACAGCACCCAGCACCUAUGGGUGCCCCUCGCCAUGCACUUGAAGAGGCAUUCAGCACCCAUGGGGACCCCUACCUCACCUUCGGGGCUGCCCCUAGAACCCAUGGGUGCCCCUCAUCCAACCUUGGGGCUGCUCACCUCAUCCCCUUUCCCCCGCACGGUAUUUAUUUAUUGUAUUUGUAUUUAUUUUGUGGUUAUUUAAUUGAGGGUUAUUUAACUUUAUUUAA